AAAAAGUCCUUUUCCACAAAACGUAGUAGAUACGAUAAUAGCACUAUGGCCAGCAAUUUUAAAGCAAUUGAACCUGCACCACAAGUUACUCUCUCAUUUGAAGAUCCCUUUGAACGAUGGAAGCUAGCUGAACUGUCGGGUCGACAAUUAUUUCCUAUAGAAUCACCUUUGAACCUGCCUACAGAUCCUUUAAUUUCGCUGAUAGAAAUUAUUCGACAGCGCUCCAACACAGAUAUAGGAAACUUAGUUGCAUUUGUGAGCGUAGAUAUGAAAGGAAAAGAAGUGGGAGAUAUCACAUGGUCUAAGCUUGAUAAACGAGCUACAGAUAUUGCCAGUCAGCUUCAAUCAGUUGGAAACGUAGGAGAUUGUGUGGGUUUAGUCUACAGACGUGUUGAAAUCCUAGAAUUUAUCGUAGCCUUUAUUGGAUGCUUUUAUGCUGGAAGAAUAGCAGUACCAAUUAACGCGACAGAGAGCUUAUCCGAAUUGGCUUUUGUGCUUCAACUAACCAAGGCCGAACGAGUACUGACAACAGACCAGAAUGCGAAAGCCUUUUUAAAGGAUAUACAGACAAGCCAAACACCAUUUCCAAAGGUAGUCUGGCAGAGAACAGACGAAGCAGCCGGGUGGUCAGGACGCCAGAAGCAAACCACACCUACAGACUUACCUAAAGAUGCCUAUAUAGAGUAUGCUAAAGCUGCAAAUGGUGAGCUCAAGGGUGUCACAGUCAGUCACAACACAGUACUGGAUCAAUGCAAGAUAUUAGAUGCAGCCUUGGGGUAUAAAGAAAGAACAUGUGUAGUGAGUUUUUGGGAACCCCGGCAGCAAAUUGGGUUGAUUUCAUCAAUAUUUUGGAGUGUGUAUGGUGGCCACCAUAUGAUAUUUGCAGACCAAAAUAUACUUGAAAGUCCUCCGGUGUGGAUUCAUGUGCUAUCAAGAUACAAAGCUGCUCUGGCUAUGACGGACUACAGAUCUCUACUUGAUAUCACAUACUUUUAUUCGGCUUAUCCAAAACAAGUCGAACAAUACAACAAAAGAGUUAAGCCCGAUUUAUCAUCCUUGAGCUGCAUUUUAGUUGACACAGUUGUGGUCAGACCCGGUUGGCAUGAUCAAAUUACUGAGCAGCUGUUGCGGCCUCUUGCUGCUGAUAAUAAUAUCACCGCCAUUAUUUGCCCCGUUGCAUCUUUGCCAGAACACGGUGGAAUCAUUUUAAGUAUCAGAGAAACUCAAACGGCGCCAAGACAAUAUUCGAAAACUGACACGGAGGAAGAAAAUAAGGAAGAGAAGAUUGAAGUCCAAGAAUAUUUGCUAGAAACUGAAUCUCUUUGGAAUAACAAGGUAGUAGUUCUAGCAGCAGGUGUUCAAGCUCGCCAGUCUGCCUCCAUCUCAACCCACUAUACUGCGUAUGUUGGAUCGUUCGGCUAUGUGGUUCCAAAAGCUACUGUAGCUAUUGUUGACCCAGAUACCACUUUACUUUGUCCCGGAGAUACAUUAGGGGAGAUAUGGAUACAUGGACCUGCCCUUCCUGAUGGGUUUUUUGCAUUACCUCGACACACUGAAGCUAUAUUUAACGCUAAACCCUUGGCUGUAUCCUCCGAAACUCUUGUUCCAGAAUUAUACCAACAAACAUUUUUACGCACUGGCCUUGUUGGAGCUUUGAUUGAUGGUCAAUUGGUAAUUCUUGGGACUUACGAAGAUCGAGUGCGACAACAGCGUAGAAACGAUAGAUUGGGAGUGGACAGAAUAUAUUUCUCUAGUCGCCUUGUUGAUACAAUAUCCCAAAACACUCCUGUAGAACAAUGUGUCGUAUUUGAGAUUCUUGUUCAUGGACAACACAUGCCCGUCGUUGCCUUUGAGUCCCCUUCUAUUCCGUCGGAUCUUCCUCAAUUGGCAGAAAGUGUUCAUUCGGCACUUAUUAACUAUGAUUCACUUCGACCUUUUGCGAUCGUUAUUCUUGCGCCUGAUGCGCUGCCUAGACACAGAAAACAUGGUAGACGCCAGAUACACGCCCUAAUGACCAAGCGCCUCUUCCUGUCUGGGACUAUGACAAUACGUUACAUUAAGCUAGAUAUCGAUCGAACCCUUUUACCUCUAUUAACUAGCGACGAAACGAAUCAAGAAGCCUGGUUUAAAGACCUGGUACACCAGCGAACGAUUCAAACCGGUGUUGCGCCGGCAACGGUGUAUCAACACACUGGAGUACCUCCACCGACUACAAUCAUAGAUGAACGUAGUCGGCAAGAUCUCUCUUCUUUCAGAAGCAUCGUAGAUUGCUUAAUAUGGAGAGCACGUCGAACACCUGACGAAAUUACAUAUGUUGCUGUUCAGGGUUCGACAUCCAAGUCAUAUUCAUUCCGAAAAAUGAGUGCCAAAAUUGCUAUGGUAGCAAAUUACUUGACCAAGCAAGGCCUGAGACGUGGGCAAAAAGCUAUCGUUAUGGUAUCUUUUGGGCAUGCAUGGGUUCGUACUAUUUACGCUUGCUUUUCGAUUGGUGUAAUCCCGGUUCCAAUUGCACCUCCAGACCCACACCACUAUCCACAACGAGUUCAGCAAGAUGUUAAAGCAUUAGUUGAUGCUCUUCGUAUCCUCCACACAAAUAUAUUAAUUGUAAAUCCACCUUCGGAAGAUGCGAUCAAACACCCCUCAGUGGCUGCUGCUUUGAAAUCUUCAACUAUGGUAGCUGGGGGUCCACCUAAAAUCGAACGGAUUAACAUACAAAAGGCAUCAAAGUACAACACACCUCUAGGGACUGAAAAUGGGUUCUUUGUCCGCCCAGAAUGGGUAAAUUCUGAUCGAAAGACGCCUGCAAUUAUUUUACCUCAUCGGACAGCCGAAGGAAAAUUGAGACUGAUGUCUUUAAGUCAUUCGACACUUUUACACCAGUGCAGUAUCCUAAAGACUGUCUGUCGCAUGAAAGCCCAAAAGAAUAUCGUGGUAACUGGAAUGAAAAUUGGAGGGCCUAAUUUAUUGCAGGCAGCUUUCUGCGGCAUUUAUUCAGGGUCAAUCACUGUUCUGAUUUCUUUACCGGAUUUUUAUUCUUCUCCGGCACAUUUCUUAGAGCUCUUGAAUCGGUACAAAGUCAAAGAUGUGAUUGUGUCGCAAGAACUAAUUCAAUACGUGAUGCAACGGGCGACAAACCACACACAAAAGAUCCCACUCUCCAGUAUAGAGAAUCUUUUGGUGACUUCGGAUGAAAGACCAAAGUCAACGCUGUACCAGCAAAUGACUCGAUUUUUUACACGAAAUCAGCUUCAGAGAAAUUCUAUCCAGACAUCCUAUAGUCAUUUGGGAAAUUCAAUGAUAGCUUCCACUUCAUAUGACUUGGCACACCCUACACCACCGUUGAUUAUUGAUAUUGAAAAACUCAGGCAGGGUGUUGUCCGAUGUGUUUUACCAGAAGAAGGCUCUAUUGGUAUUGAAGUCUACACAUCCGGGACUGUGUCCAUAAAUACUACAGUAGCAAUUGUGCACCCAACAUAUCGCACCCUUUGUCCUGGAAAUCAUCUGGGUGAGAUAUGGGUGUCUUCUGAUGCAAAUAUACUGUCUGAAUGGGGUCUAAGUGAGCAGGACCAUGCGACGCGAUUUGAAGCCACUCUUAUUGGUGGACCUGAUCCAGCUGUCAAGUACAUGCGUACAGGGGAUAUUGGGUUUCUUUGGUCUUGGCCGAAUUCUACUUUCCCGGGAAGAGACGGUGACCAAUGGCUGUAUGUACUUGGGUCCAUGGAAGAUACUAUUGAACGCCAUGGGUUGAUUCAUUUUUGUGUCGACUUGGAAAGAACAAUUCAGCAAAGCCAUCCAGAUAUUCCAGAAGAAUCAAGUAUCGUAUUCCAAGAUUCUGAGGAUAUUGUUGCUGUAAUUGCCGUUAAAUUCAAACCACAUGCUUUGGCAGCUGUUCCUUUAGUUGUCAAUGCCGUACUUGAAUCACACACCCUUUUGAUAGAUAUAGUUGUCGUAGUUGACAUUACUCAGCUACCACGCGAACGCCAUGGUGAAAAGCAAAGGCAAAAGGCUAAAAUUGCAUACACCACCAAAAGACUGUUAGUAUUUCUUUCCUUUAUAUUC